AUGAGUGGCGUGUAUGGAGACACCUUACAAAGCGGUCAUAUUAGGCUGUUAGACGUCCACGCCCGCGGGGCCGGCUCCAAGCCUGAAUUCGAGGGCAGCUUCAGGUUCAUUUCUCUAUCUGACCGCCCACUACCUGAUUUCACGGCGGUUUCGUAUUGCUGGGAUGAUUGGAGCAAAUUCAAGGAGAGCGAACUCGAGAGGUUCCGGUUUCCUGGCUAUCAAUCCCUUUCCCUUAGCCCCACUCUGUGGCAUCUGUUCAACUCGCUGCAACAGAAUUCCCCAAAUUUCACCGUAUGGAUCGAUUACCUUUGUAUUAACCAAAAAAAUAAAGACGAGAGAGAAUCUCAAGUUCAACAGAUGAAUAAGGUGUACUCUUUCGCGAAGGAUGUCCUUCUCUGGCUUGGGAAGAGUGAUUACACCAGCGAAAAGGCAUUCCAUUUCAUGAAGACUAAUCGCAGAGACCAAUUCGGUCUGAACUGUGUUUUCUUAUUGCUCAGACGUCCUUGGUUCCAACGGGUCUGGGCUAUCCAGGAGAUUACUGUCGCCAAGAAGGUCCAGAUGUGCUGCGGUGAUGACCGCGAAGACUUUGACAUCUUUUCGGAGUAUAUAUUCGACAUUUGGAAGUACUUCUAUGGAUGGGAUGGCUACGAGAAUAAUGAUGAUGCUUUCCGUGGAUUGUGGUGCGCGACUAGACUGUUCUUCAUCCGCGAGGACUUUAAGAUGAACAGGCUAUACUUCGAGAGUUUGCUCCAGGAAGCGUUCCACCGCCAGGCGACAGACAAACGCGAUAUGGUGUACGCAUUUCUGAGCAUUGCCGACAACCGACAAUUGCCUCCACCGAAUUACACUAUAUCGGAAGAAGAACUGUACAUUGAAACGGCUAAAGCACUUCUCUGUAAUGGCAAGUCUCUCGAUCUCCUAACCCUGUGCGGCAUCAGUAGGGAGCGUUCGCCCAGCUUACCCACAUGGGCCCCGGACCUUCGGUACCAUAGCUUUGAGGAGCCGCUUGUUCCUUGUGAUCGUGCAAACUGGAAAGCUGGCGGACCCUUACAAGUACCGCCACAAAUUGAGGCACCACUCCAACUUCGACUUCAGGUUAGGCCUGUCGACGCCGUGGCCAUUGUCUGCCCGCCAUUCAACUCCGAAUCCGUGGCAGAUCAACAAGCGGCAUUCGAAGCCAUCCGGGCGCUGAGGCUGCGGGUGCCAGGCGAUAUUUCCGAAGAGAAGUGGAUGGACGGGUUAUUCUCGACGUUGAUUUGGGGUUUAGACAUCGACGACGAGCCCCUGGAAAGCGACAAGCAGUGGGCCACGUACCAGCAAUACUUCAAGGACUGGUUGAAAUGGCUACAGUUGAGCUCGUGUGAGGAAGACCUGCGUCAAAUUAGGCGAAACGAAUACCACCGCGCCAUGGGGAUACGCAUAGAUACCUGGGUGGCAUUCAUGACGCACCGCGGCGACUUUUGCAUCGGACCGGCAGCCAUCGCGGUAGGAGACAUUGUAUGUACAGUGCCGGGUUGUCGGCUUCCGCUCGUGCUACGGGUGAAAUUAACUGUAUCGGAUGAAGGCACCAGGCGUCCCUUGGCACCGACGCGGGUUCUUGUCGGCUGCUGUUAUGUCGAAGGGUUGAUGUUUGGUAAAGCUGCGGAGCUGGAACGGCCUCUCGAAGAGAUAUUGCUGCAGUAA